AUGCUGCUGUCCCCACACGCUCUCCACUGUCUAAAGCGCAAGCAGCUCACCAAUCUUUGCAGGCGCUUCGGUAUCAAAGUCGUCGGCAAGAAUGCGGACCUCAUCCAGCGGCUACAAGAGUACGCUGCUUCCAACAUUCCAAUAGAUAGCCCUACAAAGGGCAAUGUGCCGAUCCUACGACAUGUCAAGCGACGCAGGCAGAGUGACUCAAGUCAAGAGUCGGUCAACGACGAGCUCCUAUCGGCAGAAGCUGCUUCGUUGCCAAAUCCUCCACUGACUCCUCGUACGAGACAGAAGAGGAUAUCUGAUCUGGUGCAAGCCAUCGAACAGGUCAAGGGGCAAGACGAUGGAAUGAAUACGGACGAGGACGACGAUGAGGGGGUCUUCACCUCGCAGAAAAGCACAAUUGCUUUUCCCUGCUCAUCUCCUCGUCCAGUCUCCACUAUUGCUCCAGUGUCCGGUCCGCAGCAAUGCGAAUCUACACAGCCACUGCGCAUCAUCAAAGCGCUUCCCAAUGCCGAUCGCAUCACCUCGCCCUUAUCGACCGCCACCAUACUCGAAUUGAGUCGCACGCCCGCGGCGAAAGAUGGAAAUUCGAGUCUUUACCCGGAUCUUUCCAGCUUGCCUCUUCCACAAGGCGUCUCCAGCGACUGUUUGACCAGCUCUUCAACUCUGCCAUCCAUCACUUCGCGUCAGUUCUCGGCGGCAGCUGCAUCUGUGCUGGCCGAGAUGAACGCACGUUUGACCGCAGCCGGACGAUCGGCGACCUCUGGCUCCCUGGCAACCAUGUCGAGCAUUGGCAACGGAACGUGGCAAAACCUCGUGGCUUCGGCUUCGUCUCAGGGUAUGUCAAAAAGCCAUUCGGGCAGAUACGAGAUCCAUCAUGAGCGACAGUUUCAGAAGAUGGACUCGAUUGUGAAUCACUAUGCUGCUCGACGUGUAGGUGCAGGCUUGGCAGCAGUAUCAGCUGACAAAGUGGAAAGCGCGAGCAAAUCGAGCGCAGACAGCGACUCGGCGUCGUCAAGCUUCACCUUAGCAGCUACCGCCAACACCGGUGCUUCAGUAGCAGACGCAUGCAUGACUGCCAACACUUCCAGCUCUCGUCGUCCUCGAGUGGACGCCUCCACGUCAACACGCAGUCUUGCUGCCGUGGCACGCUCCAGCAGCACACACAAGCUUCCCGUACAACGCCGUCCGCUCCCGACACCGCCCGUCUCAUCGACCAGAUCGUCACGGAUGCUGUCCACCUCUUCCACACGUGCUCAGAUCGUCAAGCUGCGACAGGCAUCCACCAACACCACCACCACCUCGACCUCGCGCAGCAACGCAAACGAUCCUCCGCGAGCAAAGCGUCUGCGUCUGGCUGUCUCCGAAGACCAAGACGCGCUACAAAACACAGUGCUCGAGAUCCCACCCGAGAAAAAGACGGUCGUCAUUCGCGUCACUCGACCUGAUCGCGAUGGUAUGCCGUACAAAUUCAGCGUUGCAUCCUCUUGCACAACAGACGGUGAAAGCGCUCCAACACGUGCAGCUUCUUCACUACGCAAGACGGUGAUCAAAGCAACCAAGGGCACCUUUGUCGGUAGCAGCUCUGCAAAGAAGCUUGCAACUGGUGUACAGUCACAAAGGAGAGAAAUGACGUUUGUGAAGCAGCAACAACAGCAGGCGGCCAUGUCGCGUAGUAUCAGUUCUCGUGCCAAUCUGGCAUCAGCUGAACAGAGUGGUAUGACCAAUUCGACUAGCACCAGGAACAAGUUUACCGGAGUGACAACAAUGAACUGUGAUACGCACAAGCCACUGACAGCUGUCUCAACGUUGAGCGGUGUCGCAGAAGGCAGCAAGCACAGUAGCACCAAUAGCCUCAGCAGCCGAUUCGGCGGAAGCAUUCGUAGCAGCGUCUCGCAAGGACUGGGUAGAGCCGAGGUCGCGCGACAGGCCAGGCUCAAGGAGAUCAAAGCUAGGACCAAAGCAGCGCUGGCUGGAUUUGGUAGUCAGCGAAACGUCAGUGGGGACACUUUGAACAACACCGAUGUUGACGCUGGCGCGUCUCAGCAUAAGAUCGUACCUUGCAGCCAGGCGUCGUCAUUCUCGCCAAGCGUGAUGCGACCCACGAUUGCAAGUCUGAACAGGUCUUCAGCCGCAUCGCCGAGCACGGGCAGCAACGCAUCAGCGUCGCUUCCCAUGCUUUCCGCUAUCAGCCGUGCUGCGGCACCCUCGACCGGUCUCAAGGCGGUACACGGUGCGGUCGUAGGUCUUCAACGUGCAGCUACAGUUCAUGCUGGAGUCAGCAAAGUUCUCACGCCUUGCUUGACGCCACGGUCGUCUUCGCUUCGACACCUGCGCCGUGUGAUGCGGAAACAGCAAAAAGAAGCCGAUCUGGUACAGGUCCGUGUUGUCGCCGCAGAGAACAUCGCACCCGGUGACGUGGUCCCCUCGGUCGUCAUCGCUUCUAAUACACAAGCGUUGGUCUCGAACAAGCCAGACACUGUACAGGACGAGCAGGUGGCAAAACCUUCGAUCCGCACCGUCGCCGUUCGAAGUUCACCGACCAAGCUUCUGCCUUUGAAUACAACGCAGACCGUGCCGCGACCCGCAGGUCCGCGCGCCCCCCUUGUGGCUACACGUACUACUAUUUCUGCCACCAACCGUCGUUGA